AGUGCCCUCUUUCUUCCCGAUAUCUGAGUUUCUUCUUAGCCUCACCAAUAACGCAAAUGAACAGUCUUGUAUUAAGUAGAUAUAUGAUCAUAGAAAAGUCACUGUUAGCACCACUUUGUUUGCUCUUAUACAUAGAAGUAGAUACUUUUUUAUGAACAGUAUUUAGGAGCAUAGGAGGUGAUAUUCUUAGUAGAGUACGUUUCACCUACACAUACCAUUCAUACAACUCGCAUAAGUAGUCGUACUAUACUGCUCAGCACUCUGUCUUUCCUGAACAACUGCGUAUACAUUCCUUUAUAAUACUGUAUUAAAAGAAGAAGAAGAACAUUUUCUCCCUGCUUCAAUCAUCAUUCAACGUUUGACUGAAGAUCUAUCGACCAAGAAAAAAUGAUCGACGAUUGUGUCAUCUUCACGAAGACUGGCGUUGUUCUCUUUCGCGCCGAAGAAGAAGGCAAGAAAGCAGACCCACUAGACGCGUUUAUCAAGACGGUAUUAGUACAAGAACAACUAGGCGAUGAACCCGUAACAGUGGAGAACUACAAAUUUCACUGCAGGAUACGGAACGACCUGGAGCUGGUCUUCGUGCUGAUAUAUCAGGUAUGAAGAUGUUUUUUCUUGAAGGUUCGAUUUUUUGCCUGAUGGUGGAGCAGGCGGUUCGAUUUUUUUGCUCGAUUACACACACGAGACAUGGCAAAAGGACAUGACAAAAGGACAACUUACUAGGACUUCCGAGGACAUGACAAAAGGACAACUAGGACAAGUUAAAACUCCACUUUCAUUGAUGAUAUCUUUCUAUAUUUGCUGGUGGAGGUCGUGGUUCUACUUCUAUUUUUUUGCUCGAUUUAACGGACCCUCUCCUGUUGUGAUAAUUGGGUUUCUUUUCUCUCUCUCUCUGAAUCCUGAUGCAAUCAAUGCUGUUAUGAAAACAACUAGGAUAUUAUCUAUCAAGAAGUCACACCUUGUAGCAGGUGAGCUAACUCCUAUCCUAUCCUAUCCUAUCCGAUAAGAAGUGAUACUCUACUUCCGCAACCUUCUUCACAAGAAUGAGGAAGUAAACCCUGCUUCUACAACAGGGCAUCCUGCAGCUGGCCUAUCUUGAGACCUUGCUUGCCGAAGUAACCGAAGCUUUCGUAGGAGUAGUAGAGGAAUUGAAUAAGCCAUCUUCACUGGAAUGGAGAGCGAAGAAUUUGUCGAAAUUUCGAAAAAUCUACGACGGCAUCAAGCUUAGAGCGGACCGAGAAUGGCUUACUCGGAAAAAAGAAAUGCGCAGUUUCCAAGACACGGAAAGGGGGAAAAGUAAGAAAGACGGCGCGAAGGGAGAUGGAGGUAUUUGUUGUUUCGAGAUUUUGAGGUGAUUCGAGUAAAGUAGCUGAUUUUAUUCUGGGAUAGAUCAUCUUGGUUUUCUUGAUCAAGCCUCAAUUAUUAGUAAAUGUCUAAGUACUUCUUGUUUUUAGUGCUCCAGAUGGUAGUACAUGAAGAUAUGAAUUCCGCCCAUGUUUUCAUCCUUUAACUUUACUAGGCGACGAAGACGACGACGACGAUGGCGGUCGUGGCAAGAAGAAAAGAGAAUGGACUGGCGCAGGCAAAGUUAAUAAGCAAGCUAUUGAUAAACUUGAUUUCUCAAAAAAGGUGGAUCCAGCAGACGGCGGGCGAGGGGAUGAUGACCAAUUAGCAGCUGCAAAAGCCCAGUUUUUAGCUGACGAUGACGAAGAAGAGGCAGAAAUCCUACGAAAACCAAAGUUGAACAACAACCUGCUACUUGCUGGGGAGGAAGAUACAGGGAUACUUUAAGGCUGUACCUAAUACAUCUUUGGGCGCAUCCUUGAAACGUAUGGAGGAGUAUCCUAAGGGAAUGCUCCCCCAUACUUUUCAAGGAUGCACUUGAAAGAUGAACUACGGACAGCUCUAAAUACUAGGACGGUUGAAGAGCGGGUUGAAGAACUUCACGGGAGGCAAAGUUUUGACACAGCAAGACUUAGAGCCGUUACUGAAGCCAAUAAGAGAGCAGUUGCUGAACAAGAAUGUUGCGAAGGAGGUAAGCAGAUGUGGCGCAUAUGUUGAUGGACCUUUUUUUUGUAGGAUCAUCUUGUUCAAUUUUCAGCUGGGAAUAGAAAGAAUCUCAAGAAUAAAUUCAUCAGAUACAUCAACAAGUUUUUUUCAAUAGAACCACCAAUCUGUUCUGCUCCACAACCAGGUCGCCGACCGUCUCCUCGACUCCGUUAGGCAGAGUCUUGUCGGCAGUCGAACAGAGGCUUGGAGCACUAUGAGACAAACAGUACAUCGAGAAAUUGUACGUGCUGUCUCACAGUUGCUGACCCCCAAAAAGUCUGUAGACGUAAUGCGCGCUGCCAUGGCAGCCAAAGCGAACGGAAGAGUCUUUUCAAUAGCGUUCAUAGGGGUCAACGGAGUCGGAAAAAGCACGAACCUAGCGAAAGUGGCUUAUCAUUUGUUAUGGUUGGACUUGGUCUUGGUGGAUGAAAAUUUAAAUUGACUACUCGUACACUGUGGUGUUGCAGGAAAAAAUGACUUUACUUUUGAUUCAAGCUAUUUCUAUUCUACUGUACCAUAUCUGCUAGGAGAGUCCUAUCAAGUCCUAUCUCAGUAUGUCAUUGACAAUAUCAAACAAAAAGAUCAUAAACUCCUCAUCCCGGUAGUGCCUCCCCUAUCAUAGGCUUUUCAUCUUCCCUCCUCUAAUGCCCAAGAAGCAAGGCGGCUUAAGUAUCCUCAUCGCUGCUUGCGAUACUUUCCGCGCUGGUGCAGUGGAGCAGCUCAAGACGCAUGCGAGGUGUCUAGAUGUCGAACUUUUCGAAAAAGGCUACGGAAAGGAUCCUGCAGAGAUAGCAAAGAAUGCCAUCAGACAUGCGGAGAAGGAGAACAUCGAUUUAUGGCUUAAGUACUCCCCUAAUCCAUGUCCAUCUUACUUCAGAUACUAGUUGUACAUCUUGGAGGAACUACUGUUUUCCUAAAUUUUUAUUUUUUAAGAGGAAAAGAACUACAGGCCCGAUUCAAGACGACUUACUUCCUUACUUCUUUACUUACUUCCUUACUUUACUUACUUACUAGAAGACGGCGCUCUAGAAGAUGGGGAUCGAUUGAGUUGUUCUAAUAGAUGUAGUUUUGAUCGACACAGCAGGUCGCAUGCAGGGGAACGAGAGUUUGAUGCGGGAAAUCGCCAAGAUGGUGUCCGUCAAUCAACCGGACUUGGUUCUCUUCGUCGGCGAAGCAUUAACAGGCAACGAUGGUAUCGACCAGGUGAAGACCUUUAACAGGAGUCUAAUAGACCUGAGUCCUGAUCGGAACAAGCCUAGGGGCAUAGACGGACUGCUCCUGACGAAAUACGACACCUUAAGGCUCGAUCCAACAAUUCAUUUCAUCAUCCUCCAAUGGUCAACUACAUUUUCUUCUGUUUCCUUCCUCAUACGAUUCUCCUUUUGAAGAAAAGAAAAUGUCUUCAGGGCAGAAAUGAAUGAGCCGCUUGAUGAUCUCUAAACACCGUCGACGACAAAGUAGGCGCGGCUCUGUCAAUGGUCUAUGUCAGUGGUCAGCCAGUAGUCUUCGUGGGGACAGGACAGAAGUACCCAAAUCUGCGGAAACUGCACGUUGAAGACGUCUGCAAUGCAUUGCUCAGCUAGACGACUUUUUUUUGUUACUUCUUUUUUCUUUGUUGAGGUCGGUGACCGUGAUGAAGGUCAGUGUGGACCUGACCAUACAUUUUUUCAUACCAAAUAUCUUCUGAAGAACUGCUCCAAUUAAUUUGCACGACAUUGUGAGUGUUUAAGAAUAUGAUACCCCUUUUCUAGGGCGCAAUCAAAUCCUCGAAUCACAUCCCUUCAAUCUUACGUACUAUAGGGUGAGACCCCGUUUCCUUAUCCUUACUCUACUCUCCUUCUAUGCCCAGCAGGACAUUAUCACCUACAGGGCUGCUCGUUUGCGAUGACGAAAGCUAAAGAUCACACGUAGUUUGUAGACAAAAGCAAAAGCAGUUGUAUCAGAUUUUUGACAAGUUUUUGGACACAUACUGGCGCUCAUCCUGCUGUCUAC